AUGUUGGCCAAUCGUCUUAAAGAGGUGCUGCCUUCUGUAAUUUCCGACACUCGAAGUGCGUUUAUUCCGGGCCGUCUCAUUACUGAUAAUGCGUUGGUGGCAUUUGAAGUGUUUCAUUUUCUCAAGAAUAAGAGGGCCGGAAAGGAUGGUUGCCUGGCGUUGAAACUUGACAUGAGUAAAGCCUAUGACAGAGUGGAAUGGCCAUUUAUUAAUCAAAUGAUGCUCCUGUUAGGAAUUCUGCAACGGUUUGUGCAACUACUUAUGAAUUGUGUGUCCACUGUUUCUUUUUCUGUGCUUGUUAAUGGGAAGCCUUCCAGAAUGUUUUACCCAACAAGGGGCCUCUGCCAAGGGGAUCCGCUUUCGCCUUAUUUGUUUACUAUUUGUGCGGAAGGAAUGUCGGCGCUCCUCGCCCAUGCUAUGGCAGCUAUAGCGAUCCCGAGCGUUACAGCUGCUAACUGGUUGUUCGGAAUUUCAAUUUGCCGGGGUAGUCCACACUUGUCGCAUUUAUUUUUUGCCGAUGAUAGUCUUCUAUUUGCGGCUGCUAAGGAAGAUGAGGCAGGUGUUUUGCGAGAUAUUCUCCAAAAGUAUGAGCAAACAUCGGGGCAAAAAAUUAAUUUCCAAAAAUCGGCUGUUUGUUUUAGUAAAAAUACGGACUUGGUUACUCAGCGAGUGGUGACAUCUAUUCUUGGGGUGGGCUCAUUGGCGCCGUACGGGAAGUAUUUGGGAUUACCAUAUUGUGUGGGGCAUUCUAAGCGCGCCAUUUUGGGGUUUGUUAAGGAGCGUGUAUGGACUCGAGUAAAUGGUUGGAAGGAAAAUUUUUUAUCGGUGGCGGGUAGAGAGGUAAUCAUUAAGUCUGUUGCUCAAGCCAUACCCACUUAUAUUAUGUCCUAUUUUCGCCUCCCUGAUGGAAUGUGCCAUGAAAUUGAGUCUAUGGUGUGCAAUUUUUGGUGGGGACAAAAAGAGGAAACCCGUAAAAUUCAUUGGACUAGCUGGAAACAAUUGUGUAAGUCUAAAUUACAGGGUGGUAUGGGAUUUCGGUGCCUUCAACAUUUCAAUUCAUCUUUGUUAGCCAAACAGUGUUGGCGAUUAGUGCAGCGGCCUCAAUCUUUGGUUGCGCGGGUCUUUAAGGCUAGGUACUUUCCUCAAACUUCAUUUCUUGAUGCUUUGGUCGGGAGCAAUCGAUCUUUCACCUGGAGGAGUAUAGUCGGAUCUCGAAGUCUAUUAAAUGCUGGGCUUCGAUGGCGUGUUGGGAAUGGUGCAAACAUCUCGGUUAAGUAUGAUAAAUGGGUUCCACGGCCUCACUCUUUUAAGGUAAUUUUGCCACCUUCGACUCUUUCGGAUGAUGCGCGGGUUAGUGAUUUGAUUGAUUCUGAGACAGGUACAUGGUAUGAUGAGAUGCUUACGCAAAAUUUUUUGGGCAUGGAUAUGGAGGCUAUCCGAUGCAUUCCUCUUUGUCCCACGUUACCUUCGGAUAAAUUGGUCUGGAAUUUUUCCCGAAAUGGUGAGUUUUCGGUACGAUCGGCAUAUCAUUUGUGUAUGGAUAUGACCUCUUUGGAUGGCCAAGGUGCUACCUCCACUAAUGGGCAGUCGCAUAAGCAGUUCUGGCGAGGUUUCUGGCAGCUUCAUUUACCAACCAAACUCAAGAUUUUUGGUUGGAAAAUGUGUCUUGGGUUGUUAGCUGUAAGGGCCAAUUUGCGGCAACGUCAUAUCGUCAAUAUGGGUUUAUGUCCUGGGUGUGGAGUGGAGGCUGAAAUGGUAGGCCAUUGUUUUCACAACUGCGGUUUUGCCAUGAAAGUGUGGAUGUCGAGCUCACUUAAUUUGGUUAUCAAAUCUACUCCUGUUAACAAUUGUUUUAAGUGGGUCUAUCAACUCACGGCCACAAUUGGUCCAGAACCGAUGCAAUUAUUUGCUGCUAUUUGUUGGUGCCUUUGGAAUAAUAGAAACUCCAUCCUGUUUGACAAUAAAUCAAGGACUAUGGAGGAAGUUGUUUCUUUCGCGGUGAAUUAUGUAUCCGAAUAUGAUCAAGCACAAGAGCGCGGCCAUCUUCCUGCGGCCCAGGUGCGGAUGCGAAGGUGGGUUGUGCCACGCGAGGGUGUCUUCAAACUGAAUUUUGAUGGCUCUGUUAGGAAGGCCCAUGCCAGUGCUGGUGUUGGCAUUAUUAUUCGGGACUGUCAUGGGGAAGUCAUUGCGUCUAUGGUUGAGCGGAUCCCGUAUAUGGAGGAUGUUGAUUGUGUAGAAGCUAUGCAUGCGAUAAAAGCUCUUCAAUUGGGAUGUGAUUUGGGGUUGGGGCAUAUUCAUCUUGAAGGUGAUUCUAAAAAUGUGGUGGCUGCAAUUCAAGGAAGAGAGAAGAGUCAUUAUGCCGAGAACAAAAAGAGCGAGACCGAACGUGGCGAAACCUCUAACCCUGUACAACGUGAACCACAGCAACAACAUCAUGACUAUCCAACUGAUGAUUUUCUCACAUAUAAUCAUGAACAAGCCUAUUCAAAUUUCGCUAAUCGAUCAAUUGUUACGAGGAGAAAGGUAAAUCUACCUUCUGAAUAUAAUCCACUGUUGCUUGGAAGAUUGGAUACAAUGGGAUGGUUGCAUUUAACUAAUUUACUACAUAAGGUAUAUCCCCGUCUUGUACAUUUAUUUUACGUUCACUUGACAUCUGCUGAGCAACAAGUGGAACCGUUCAGUCUGACCUCUUAUGUGAAGGGAAAAGUAAUCACACUCAACCCCCGCACUUUGGCACAAAUUAUUGGAGUUGAAAUAGGAGAUUUGCAAUGCUAUUUUCAAACUGAGGCUCAGUUAGCUACCAUUGUUGAUGAUCUAACUGAGGUUUAUACCGCAAUUUUGGGAGUGACAUUUUCAACUAUCCAUCAAUGA